AAAACAUAUCACCGUUGGCCCAGAAGCCCAUGCAUUUUGAAGAACAACUCCAGCAUUUUUAAAAGGCUACCUAAUCUAUAGAGGAGAAAGGAAAAGGUUUGUGACUUCUCAUUGGAGUGUACGGCUGUCCAUACUUGGAGACUGUUUCUGUGACUUUGACAAUUCAGAGUGGGAUUGAUCGUUUCCUACGAAGCAAACAACAGCUGAUAGCGAAUAUCCUGCAGGCCUUUGCCACUUUGAGAGGUGGAUUUGGGGCAUUUUGUGAGUGGAUGCAUUGGGAUGAGAUGACUGGGGAGAUCCAUGCAAAGAGAUUUAGCAGGUCUGGGAUCAGGAGAGCCUCCUCGACCACCUCGCACUUCUCCACGACUCUCGCUGCGCCAAGAGUUCCAACAGUCACGCUGACUAGCCGUAGAUUGGUGCCGGAUAAACGGGCCUUUCCUCGACAGAGCACAGGUAGUAAAGGACAGAAGGCUGGAACGAUGCCAGAUUCACCGGCUGAUGUCAAAACCCAGCAUAGGUCGACUCCGCCCACAAUGCCACCUCCACCCCCAGCUGUCAGCCAGGCAGCCAAUCGCAAUGCAUCAUUCACACCCACAACAAUGCUCAACGGUAGCAGUCACUCCCCCACGGCGCUCAACGGAGCUCCCUCAACACCCAAUGGCUUCAGCAAUGGACCGGCCACCUCUUCCACAGCUUCCCUGCCCACCCAGCAGCUUCCCCCCGCCUGCGGAGCCCGACAGCUUUGUAAACUCAAGCGGUUCCUCACCACGCUACAGCAGUUUGGCAACGACAUAUCGCCAGAGAUCGGGGAACGCGUACGCAGCCUGGUUCUUGGGCUGGUGAACUCUACGCUAACCAUUGAAGAGUUCCACUCCAAACUUCAGGAGGCAACAAACUUCCCUUUGCGGCCGUUCGUCAUUCCAUUCCUCAAGGCUAAUCUACCCCUCCUGCAGAGGGAGCUGCUUCACUGUGCACGGAUGGCUAAGCAGACCCCAGCGCAGUAUCUGGCCCAACACGAGCAGCUUCUGCUGGACGCCAAUGCCAGCUCUCCCCUGGACUCCUCUGAGAUCCUGUUGGAACUCAAUGAACAUGGCAAAAGACGUACCCCGGACAGGACCAAAGAGACCGGUGGCGAGAGGGACGGCUUACACCCAGAACACCUGGCCAAACGGCCAUGCACGGUGAGCCCCAGUCAGCGCUUCAGUCCCAGCAGCGGUCUGCCUGCCCAUCCUCCCCCUAAUGGCCUGCCCACACACCCACCCAAUGGCCUGCCACAUCCCAACCCUCCCAAUCCACAGCAUUACCGCCUGGAAGACAUGGCCCUCGCCCACCACUACAGAGACGCCUACAGACAUGCCGAGCACAGGGACAUCCGAGAACGCCACCGACAGACAGCCGUUCAUGGAGCUCGUCAAGAGGAAGUGAUUGAUCAUCGUCUGACAGACCGCGAGUGGGCUGAAGAAUGGAAGCACCUUGAUAAUUUGCUGAACUGUAUCAUGGAUAUGGUGGAGAAGACACGGCGUUCCCUCACCGUGCUGCGACGCUGCCAGGAGGCCGACCGCGAGGAGAUGAACCACUGGAUCCGACGCUAUAGCGAUGUGGAGGAUAUGAAAAAAGGUGGGAGCUCCACCCAGCGACCUCCUCCUCUUCCUCCCCACCACAACUCCUCCUCCUCCAACACUCCUAACAGCAGUGACACACAGCCGCUAGAAAUCCACCGAGAUUUCCUGCAUCGGCCACCAUCAGGUUACCUGCCUGAGGAGAUCUGGAGGAAGGCGGGUGCCCCAAGUAUCCCGCUCUCGCCAGCGCUAAAGCAACUGCAAAACAAGCAGGAGGAAGCCGUUAAUGAGGUAAAGAGGCAGGCCAUGUCUGAGCUGCAAAAGGCCGUUUCUGAUGCCGAGAGGAAAGCUCACGAGAUGAUCUCCGCUGAGCGCUCGAAGAUGGAGCGAGCAUUAGCUGAAGCAAAGAGACAGGCCUCUGAAGAUGCACAGACCGUCAUCAACCAACAGGAGGACUCUAGUGAAAGCUGCUGGAAUUGCGGUCGCAAGGCCAGCGAGACGUGCAGUGGCUGCAACACAGCACGUUACUGCGGCUCCUUCUGCCAGCACAAGGACUGGGAAAAGCACCAUCAUGUGUGCGGCCAGGGCCUGCAGGGUCUGCCCGGGAACAGCAGCGUGCCACUCGGGACACCGUCUACCAACUCCAACUCCUCCUCCUCAUCCAGCAUGCCCCCCACUCACUCAGAGAGUACUCCUCCAGGACCCCUCUCCAGCAGCGGAAGCCCGAAGGAAGCAAACUCCAGCAGCGUGUCACGCUCAACCACCCCAGCCACACCCGCCCUGAUGGAUUCCUCAUCCCGUUGACUGAAGAAUCUCCAAAUGUUAAGCCCUGCCCAGCCACGUCUACUGCUGCUACAGCAUCCUUCAUCCAAAAUAAGCUGAGGAACUGUCACCAUACUUACCCCUCCUCUCGGACUCUGCCAUCUUGGCUUUCUUAGCUACUUUAAGCUCUUGUGCGCUCCAAAAAACCUUCACAAGUCAACGCUCACAAUGAGUAAAGGGUAUCCUGUGCUUAGUUAUUAAAUACUAGGCCAAUUCUACUGAAUGCCACCAAGACAGCCAUUAAAACAUAAAGCUGAAAAACUGUCAGGCAUGGCCUCCAUAACCUACACCCUUUAAGUGAGGUGUGCUCUGUUUGUAUUGGGCAGCACUUUGCUUCAAACACAGGUGCGAGGACUAAAUAUAGUUGUUUGGACACUUUGAGUGUCCUCUAUAGAAACUCUUUGACCACAGAGCUACUUCCUCACAUGUCACAUUUCAUUGUUUUUGCUUUAAUUACAAAAAAAGUCCAAAAAUCUACUAGAAAUAAUGAUGAUACUACUACUGAUAAUAAUAAUGAAACCUGUUAACUACCUUGCUAGCUAUCCAAGAAAAUCUACACCAGACUCACCUCUCUUUACUGACGUGAACCCAAAUGAAUUUAAGUGAAUAAACAUGAUCCAAACCUUUUUAUUACACUGCCAAAGUUACGAAGAAGCACUCAUCUUGUAACCAAACGCAAACGACUUCACCUCCUCAGCAGUAAAGCCAGCUCAGACCUCCACAGGGUGUGGUGAUGUCGCAUGGUGACCAGACACUCUCACUGUGCCCUCCAUACUACAUCAGAUCCAUUAGGAGAUGGGAGGAGCACAGCUCAGAAAUUUAAAGUACGUUGACCGUUCACGCAAAGAGAAACAAUACAAAAAAUAAAGAGGCAAGAAUGAGUUUAACGUAGAUCAACGUUUAAUGAUGAGAUUGGCCUCCAAGAUUGGAAAGACAUAUGGCAAUGGAAUUGGCUAAAACCUCACUGGAUUGUACACUAAGAAUGGGCCUUUAUCUUUGGAAACUUUUUGUUUGGUUUUCCUAACGAUCCCGGAAUGCAGAGAUUUGUCGUUUUGUUGUACGAUUUUAGUCUCCCUCGUUUUCCAAAGCAUGACAAACAGACUAUAGAAUCUUCCAAGACUGGCGUAGACUUGGUUCUUUUGUUAUUUUGCUCUGUCUACCUCCCCCAUCUUCUGUGUCCAUCCCUUUUGUGUCCUCCCCAGCUCCCCAGAACCUCUGAGCAGAUAUCCAUGAAGGGAUCAAACGUUGCUUGUAGAUAUAACUUUAUGUUUCUGGAUGUCUUUGUCUUCUAAAUCUGCUUGUAAGCUAACAAGAAUUCCUAUUCUUUCUUUUUCUUUUACGUUUCAUCCGACAUUGGACAGAAAAAAGACACUCUAAAAGGAGAGAAGCUGUGCUGUACCUAUUGUGCGAUUUGUUGUAUCCAUAUUGAUGAUGAGAAUCAUGUAGAAUAUUUUAUAUCACUCACAUUGUAAGACAGUGAGAGAACGGAGGUGCAAUAUGAAAAAGCGAAUUCAGCUACUGAAUGGAACCUCAGAAACGGCCCUUAGGGUACCUUAUAAUAUAAAUAGACAUAUAAAUAUAUCUAAAAUUACCACAGUAAAUUAAUGUGAAUGUACAUAGUAUUUAAACAAGAGGUCCAAAAAUGAGUUUGCCAAAUAACAGAAACCUUUGAAGUAUACUGUCAAGACUUUGAUUUCUUUCCAUUUAAUCUGUUCUGUCUGAAGCAAAGCAACUGUUACUAUGUUGGUCAUUUUACAAAGCCUGCAGAAUGUUUGUGAUCUAGAUAAACAGACGAAUUACUGGAUGUAUUGGGCAAUAACAUUUAUAGCCAUAAGUGUGUCGAAAUGAAAGGCAACCACCAAGGAUUGACCCAGUUUGCCCCUGUUGAGAAGUUCCCAUACUGGGACUCAGGAAGGGAAAGUUGCUAGAAUCUGUGUGAAAGUUGAGUCAUCCUUUGGGCCAAAGUGUCACUGCUGUGGCCCAAAGAGUAAUUUUCACACUUGCGUGAACACAAAAUCACGAAACCCAAACGUUGAUUAUUCUUGUUCCAAGAGUCUGACGCCAGAAUCAAGCUAACACACUGAUUUGAUGACGUACUGCAAAAUAAAUGGUCUUGUUUAAAAUACAAAUGCAUUUAUUUAAGAGGAAAAAUUGUGCAAGAUAUUUAGACUUGUUUUUAGAAAAUAUAUUUCUGAAUAAUUGUUUAUUAUUUCUUACCUAUUAUAUAUUCUGUAAUAUUUUAGACAUUCUCUGAAAACAAGUCUUAUUUUACACAGUUUAGACAAACAAGGAAAAAUUUGCAGUAUAGUCUGUCUCAUUCGGCCCAAGUGAUUGUGACAUUCUUUAGCUAGCUACGAAAUCCUAUGCUAGUGUUCACUUCAAGAUCUGUUCAUUACAAUGCUCAUGUUUAUUAAGGGUUCUUCAUAAAGACAUCAGUGAUAGACAUUAACCCCUAAAAAAUAGCCUACUGGUGAGUUUUGCCACCAUCUUACACAUACAGCCCUGUUUACAGCAUUCAUUUAGUGCAGUCACGAAUUUCUGCUUGCUAAUUUCAAUUUGAAUCUGAGAUUUUGCUGAGAUGUAUUAUUAUAAUUUUUUUUUGCGUAUUUGCUGUCUCCAUGGCGUACCUCUGAUACGGACCAAACAUAAAAGGCAUAUUUUUUUAUUCUUGUAUUUUGCUGUUUCUUUAGCAGUUUAAUGCUAAUUGAGGUGUGUUGAUGGUUUAACUUAUCACAUAUGCAAAUAAUUUAUUUUCUUAUUGGAUUUUGAUUUUUUUCAGGAACAUUAGAUGUUUGAUAAAUAGGUGUAUCACGCUCUCUCUCCCUUCAUUUGAGAAGAAUUUUUGUCUUACCAUCCUUUUCCCAACUAGCUACCUCUGGUAAACUAAUCCAAGAGAAUUGUAUGUGCUUAGAGAAUGGUAUUGCUAGCUGACAUGCAAAUCCAAACUAUCAUCCAGCUCGAGCUAAACCAUGCUUAAAAUCUCAAAUAUGUGAUGCAUUAUGUACAGUAUGUAGUUUUACCCACAUAUUCAUGCCUAUAUUGUCUAACUCAAGUCAGUUCUAUAUCACUGAGUUAGACCAACAAAGCUGUUUUCUUUUGGGGUUGUCUCAAAACAAAGUUAGACCUGAAACAUUCUCUACACAAGUAUACAAACUUAAAUGUGAACACUUAGCAGAGUGCACAGUCCCAUUUUACUUAAUUACCAUGCAUACUUGCAUUAUUGUAGAGGUAACAGCUUAGUAACAAGAGGGUGAUAGUUACCUCAAAUGUCUGUUAUUUUAAACCAGAUAGCCACCUAUAAACAUUUCAACUGCUUCACUAACUUUAACUAAUUGACUCAACAUGUUGCUUCGCUAUGACAGUAGUUGACCUCAAAGUAAAAAGUGAUAGUAAAAGAAGACACUGCCAUAACACCCCUUGUGGCAACAUUGAGAAUGCAACGCACACUUGAAAUCGAGCUUGCGUAGCAAGAAGCAUUCAAGAACUUGCAUAGAGUAUUUUGCAUCUUUUGGAACGCAACAAGGCAAGAAUUUUAGCUGCAUAGCUAGAAGUGUUCACGUACUUGCGUAGAGUGUUGCGGGGCUUUAAGUGUUUCAGUAUAAAUGAACAUAAACAUAUCUCAAUAUAUAUCCAAACCAAAUAUCCAAACCAAAGCGUAACUGCACAUUCAUAGAAACAUUUGGACAUGUCGCCUGAAAAACAGAUGGCCGACUGUGCCCAUAAACCAAAGCAAACAAAAUAACCACAUUUAAAGCACAAGACAAGAUGAUUUGUUUGUAUUACUUUAAACCAGUUCUUGUUCCUGUGUAUCCAAAGCAUCAGAUAUGAUUACAAAAGCUUCUAACGUUUAAGCCAGCCUUGCUCAAAGAUUUCAUCAUUAAGAGUGGAUGAAUGAGUGAUUGAUUUAAAAAAAUAGAUAAUUUUGCUAGAGAACUUACUUGAAUCUCCAGAGCUUUAAAACAACAUCACUGGAAAAAAAUAUAGCAGAUAAUUACCCAUAAACUCAUCUAAGUACUGAACCAUUUUGAGCUUUGCAUGUCUGCUAGCCCUUUACGUUGAUAUCAUUUCCUGCUGAAAAAUAAAAACAUCUUAAACCAGCAGAAGCAAUCCAGCUUAAGAUGGUUUAAGAUGUGUAUAUCAGCAGGGUUUGCUAUGUUUUCGGCCACUCUGCUUGUAACCAAAAUCUAACCAAAAACGAGAACGUGCAAAUGCAUCUUCCACUGUGUACUGUAAUUAUUUGCUGACAUUUGGCCUUCAUUCUCUAAGCACAUCUGUGGGUGUCUGGAUUCGGUCAACAUUUGGCCUCAUGUUGAGGAAUGUCUUCGUUCAAUGAUCAACACACAGAGAGAGAAACUACAGGACAUCCUAGACAUUAAGCAAACACGCCAUUGCAGUAAUAUGGAUGCUGUAUGUUAACCCGUCAACAUCUCAAAGGUCCUGUUGGGAAAAAAGACAGCUUAAACCAGCCUAUCAAGCUCAGGAUGGUCUAGUUUGAUGGGUUAAGGGGGCUUUGGGCACUUGUAAGUUGGUCAGGCUGAUGGUGUUUUUUUUUCUCCACAUUUUUUGUCUCAAUGUUUUUCUUUAUUUUUAUGACGAUAGCAUAUAAAGCUAUAGCAUAAGUGUAAAGCUAUCAGUGGGCACUCAAGGUCAUUUUACAGAAGUAAAAUCUCAGUAUCAAACGGUCGCUUUGACUACUAAAAAAGGGCGUGCAUUGAACCUCCAUGCACAAUAAAAGCUAUGACAGCAAAAUACAUGUUUCGGAUAUUUCAGUCGACAAAGACUCAGUUUGAUACAUUUAGGCAAACGUUAUAUACUGUAUUGUGCAAUACAUCAUUCAUUACAGGAAAAGGCAUUGUUUCUGUAGGACAGGUUGGUGUGAUGAAGACAUUUUUUUUUCUGUUCCCUCUUUCAAGGUCCUGUUAUCAUUCUCUAGAUGAUGUGAACUGUGCCAGGAGAGGUUUAUUUAUUUCUUGCAUGCUAUUCUUCCCUCUUUUGCAAUCUCCCUCCCCUCUCUUACUGUGCGCUUUGGUGGACGUGACGCUGUAAAGAUUCUAAAUCAGGUUAAUGUCUGUGUUGAGAUACGUAUCUGUGUAAUUAAAAAAGA